AUAACAAACGGGAGACAGGCCUGUAAUGACCAUUUUAUCACGUUGUAGAGUCAUCAUGUCCGAUGUAUUACUCCUCAGCUCCCAAUUUCCGAUUUUCUCCACCACCAGCGCCGCCGCCGCCAAAAAAACCCACCGCUUCUCAUGCCACGUCAUCCCAAGACAAUACCUGAAUCAAACUACCCCUCCUGAUCAACAAUCACCGAACCCCAAAACCAUCGUUUCCACAAUAACAAACCUAUUGUGGGGCCAGUCACUGCCACCAGGACUCCUAAUAUCCACCGUCCGUACAACAUGGAACUCCACGUGGCAACUCAUGAUGUCCCAGCUCGCUCCCUCUGAUUCCUCCGGCAGGUACACAAGACCCGCCUCAAAAUUCCGCCUGAACCCUCCAUUUACGCUCCAAAACUCAACAACACUUCACCUCUACGUGGGUUUACCUUGCCCAUGGGCGCACAGGACAUUGAUAGUUCGGGCGUUGAAGGGCCUGGAAGAUGCGGUCCCUGUCUCAAUUGCUGGACCGGGUCAAGAUGGAUCGUGGGAAUUCAAAGAUAUUCCUAUCUCAAACAGGGAUAGGAAUAUUCUUGUCCCGGGUAGGGAUAAUGCUAAUGGGUGCCGGAAUCUGAAGGGUGUGUAUGGGUUAAGGAGGUCAGGUGGGUACAGUGGGAGAGCUACUGUGCCAAUGUUAUGGGAUGUGGAGAAGAAGGAAGUAGGGUGUAAUGAGAGCUAUGAUAUAAUCGAGUUUUUCAAUUCGGGUCUUAACGGGUUGGCCCGGAACCCAGGUUUGGAUUUAUCACCAAAGGAAUUGAAGGGAAAGAUUGGGGAGUGGAAUGGAUUAAUAUAUCCUAAUGUCAAUAAUGGGGUUUAUAGGUGUGGGUUUGCUCAAAGUCAAGAUGCAUAUGACAGUGCAGUGAAUGGUUUAUUCACUACACUGGAGGCGGUGGAAGAUCAUCUGACCACCUCGCGAUACUUGUGUGGAGACACAUUGACUCUUGCGGAUGUUUGCUUGUUUACCACUCUAAUUCGGUUUGAUAUUGUGUAUAAUGUUCUGUUUAAGUGCACAAAGAAGAAGCUGAUUGAGUACCCUAAUCUUCAUGGCUACAUGCGUGACAUUUAUCAGAUGCCAAAGGUUGCUGAAACAUGCAAUUUUUCAGCUAUUAUGGAUGGUUACUACAAAGUACUCUUCCCACUGAAUCCAGGCAGCAUUUGUCCUGUUAUGCCUUCUGGAUGUGAGCAUGAUGUCCUCCUCUCCACCCCUCACAAUAGAGAGUCUUUGUCAUUAGCGAACAGAACUACCAAACAGGAUCACUGAGUAUAUGAGAGGAUCGGAGGUAAAAUAGCAAAAGGUGGAAAGGAGAACUACCAAACAGGAUUCGUGAAGAUAUCGGAAGGAAAUUGGAGGACUGCAAAACGUCCUCUUAAGGAGAUUGAUGUAUGAUGAUGUGAUCAGUUGUGGUUUCUUCUUGAUGCUAGAUACAAGAUUUUUGUCAUGGAGAGCAUGGGAUGGUUCGCCAAAAUGUAGCAUCAGAAUUGCCGUGCAGAUAAUGUCACACGCCUUAUCUUCAUAUGCAAGUGGAUGAUGCUUUAUUUAA